UUUCGCAUCGGGGUCGAGUGUGUUCCUCGUUAGUUAGUUUGUAGGUAGUUUCAAGUGCGACCUGACGAUGGACCUAUAUUGCUAGAGUAUCAUGAGGAGGCGCAUCGUUGCAUGGGCGAUUCCUUUCUUCCUCGCGGAAUUUCUAAUCCGUGGGUUAGCUCAGAAUAGAUCUCAAUUUCAAGGAAGCUUUCCAAAGGGAGUUCCAAGAAGUGAUAUUUGGUGGCAUUGGGGCAAUGGGGCUGGAAAGCAUCAUUACGGUACAAAUAGUCGAGUUGGAGGAGGAAGAUGGUCACAUCUCCCGGGUACGGGAAAUUGGAUGAAUACCCAAAGUAGCCACUGGCGCCUGUCACAUGGAUCAGGAAGACCUCAUCCAGGUUCAGGUCGACCUACUCAGGUCGAGACCCACACCAUUAACUUGCCAACAUUAGGUCAAGUCUCGCUUGAAGUUCGCCUUCCACCAGGAAUUAAUUGGUCACAACAGCCUAAUCGGGACGGUGAUAAUCAUCAACCUAAUCAAAAUUACAACCAACCUAAUCAGAACUACAAUCAACCUAAUCAAAACUACAACCAACCCAAUCAAAGCCUCAACCAACCUAAUCAAAGCAACAAUCAACCUAAUCAAAACAACAAUCAACCCGACCAAAAUUAUAAUCAACCUAAUCAAAACAACAUCUACAUCUGUCAGGAGGGCAGUUUUAAAUGUGCAAAUGGCGAAUGUUUCCCGCAAUCAGUGAGGUGCGACAACGUCCCGCACUGUCGCGAUUCCAGCGAUGAAAUUAACUGCCUAACAAGCACACCACCGACUGAACAAGUGAAUGUGGGAUCAACGGAGGAACCAAUUGAUGGCUGUGUCCUGCCGGACGUACCUCGGGGUGGGACCUACGAGCUAGGUGGAUGUGGCUCACCUUGCAUCAGAUCACCAGGUGACAAGGUUCCCAGGAACAGCAUCCUCACCUACACCUGCAACGAAGGCUACACCCUCAGCGGAAAUGCGAUUUCCUUCUGCCUGAAUGAUGAUUGGUACAUGCCGCCGACGUGUUUGAAAACGUGUCCUCCUCUGAACAGUAAGAGCGUGGAUAUCUCGUGCACUCAUCAAGGGACUCCAGUGUCCUGUAAUGUUACCGUGGCACCUGGAACACGAGCUUCUUUGGCUUGCAAGCACUCUUACAAACUCCCUGUGUCUGACGAUCCAGGAUAUCGAGAAGUGCAGUGCCUUCCCGAAGGAAUCUGGGAUCGCAACGUUUUCCGCUGUCUCCCUGAAUGUGGAAUUUCCAUACCUCGCGGUACCCCCAUGGUUAUUCAUGGAUUCAACGCCAAACUGGGCAUAUUCCCCUGGCACGUUGGUGUUUACCAUUGGAAAGGAGACUUUUACGAGCAAAUUUGCGCGGGGUCAUUAAUCAGCCAUGAUCUCGUGGUAUCUGCGGCGCACUGCUUUUACGACGAGGCCACGGAUACAGUUCAAGACCCUUCAAACUUCGCCGUGGCUGCCGGGAAGCACUUCCGAGACUGGGAUGCUUCCGAGAAGUAUGCUCAGAAGUCGGAAAUAGAGAGGAUUGAAGUCGCGGACCGGUACAUCGGGGCGAAGGGGAACUUCGCCCAAGAUAUCGCUUUGAUAAAAUUGAGGAGUCCCCUCCAACUGACCGCUCUGAUACGUCCAGUAUGCAUCGACUGGGAUAAUGGCCCCGAAAGGCAGCAACUUCACGUUGGACAGAGUGGCAAGGUGGUUGGAUGGGGCAAGACAGAAGAUGGGGUGCUGAGCGAGGAACUUCGGGAAAUUAAUUUACCCUUCGUUCCUUACGGGAUUUGCACAUCGACCGUUCCUGUUGAUUUCCGUGGGUUUGUCACCGUUGAUAAGUUUUGCGCUGGACGAUUGAACGGUUCGGCUCUCUGCGAAGGAGAUAGUGGAGGUGGACUUUGUUUCGAAAAGGACGGCCUUUGGUACCUUCGAGGCAUCGUCAGUGUUAGCCCCGUCAAAGAUAACGAUUGUGAUCCCGAUGCCUACUCGGCAUUUACCGACGUCAGUCACUUUAUGGAUUGGAUACGCACUGCCUACAUCUUGUCCUGAAAGAAUUUCCAUCUCAAGAAAUUCUUCCCAGGAUCUGUUAUUAUGUACAGACGUUGAACUAAUUUUAUAUGGCUCCUCCGUUGACUAGUUUUGUUAAAUAUAUUUCUUUAAACUGUCAUCUCUAGGAGAUACACGUGGAUUAACACGCGUUAUAAGAAAAUAACAGUCGUCCCUGAUUGAGCACUUCUAAUCGAUAAAACCACAGUCAUGAAGUAUGACUACCAUCAAUUUAACUUACACUUUUGAUUAGAUCUAUUUAUUUCGUUCAAUACACUUGUGUAUUUCUGGUGCAAGAUAUUACGUAACAAAAAAGUACAAUAUCUUCAUUAUAGCUAAUUUCACCGAGAAGGGCACGAUGUUUCUUGAUUGCCUAAUAUUUAUUUAAUAAUUAUGGCGGAAGUAUCGACA